AUGAGAUUGAGUGUGAACAGGGAGAGGAGAGUGCGUCCGUCGGAGUACCACUCGUACUGCGACAAGCGGUACGGCAAGUGGCGUGCGAUGUUCGUGCCGGCCGACUACACUCAGUGCCGCUGCUGCGACGAGUGUGUGCCCUACCGAGAAUUAGAUCAGUCCUGUGUUAAGGACGAUUACAACUUUGAUGCCGACGAAUUUCUUCCGGUAACCACGUUGGAUCUGAGGGCUGGCUGUAAUCCGUACUGGGGCCACCCGGAGCAGGAGUUCAGAGCUCUCCGCUGUGACCGUGUUCUACGCAGAUGUGUGCCCGCCAACAUUCCGCUGAUGCUGAAUGAAACGUUGCCCGGGCGUCGCAGCUCCCGGUACGAGCCGCCGUCUUCCAUUGACUGUCCGGUGUCUUGUCGGGGGUACCAGUGUUCUUCCGGGUUUGUCAAGGAAGAAGCCUGUUCAGCCGGCGCCUUCCUGCCUGACAAGGACCAGUGUAACUGCUGUGGCAAAUGCAGCGCGUAUCAACAACUAAAUGACAAAUGCGCUGAGUUUAAAAAAACUGUUCAUGUGGUCAAUGGGAGCGAGGAGACAGAGGUAGAAGAAGAGUUUUUGGAGCCAGGGUGUGAUGAUGGGCUAGUCUGCAGACACGGCUCCUGUCAGGAUAUUCAUACUGUGCAGACUGUGGCCGCUGGGAGACGGAGGAGAGAUGGUGGCCUGAGUAUUGCAAAAGAACCGUGCAAACGUGAGCUGAAAUACUUCAAAAAGAAAUUCGGUAGAUUUGGACACUUACAUUACAACGCGCCGCAGUGCACGCCUCUGUGGCUCUACGCCCCUGUGCAGUGUCGUCGUUUCGCGUGCUACUGCGCACUGGAAGACGGGACAUUCAUGGAAGGCAUCAAGGUCCCGAGGGUUGAAGUAUCCAACAUGAAUUGUGAUUGUGCUCGAGAGAAGUGUAGGACAGAGUCGCAGAUAGAAUGCGAUGGUUACGGGAACUACAAGGACGCUGUGUUUGCGUUCAAUAACGAGCAAUGGGCCACCAGUCAAGCAGCCACUGUGGGAAAAUUGAGAUCCACGCGAGCUCGAACAGGAUUUGAAGCCGCUUUGCCAACACAGCCUUUAUCUGAAAUACAGAACAAAUAAAUUUACAAAUAUUAUACAACAAAACUUUUUUAUA